AUGGCCAGUAGCUGGGAAGGCCAAUCUAUCAGACUUGAAGUCGUCGGUGGAAAACAAAUCAGUGUCCCCUCCGGGCGGAUGCCAGCAGGCAUUUACGUGUCGGUCAACGUCGACUCGAAGAGAUGCUGGAAAUCAGCUGUCCGAGUUUUAUCAUCCGACAGUUGUGCAGUGUGGGGCGAUGCCGUGACCUUAUCCCCAGAUGUGUCACCUAAAAUAUCGGCGGAGAUUCGGGCAUCUUUUGAGCUCGGCCGAAUGCUAGGUCGUGGAGAACUCGUUGGAAAGCUUGAAAUAUCGUGGGAAGGGCUGCUCGAUCGUGGUGACGAGCCUUUCGAUCUAUCAUUUCCGCCCAUUCGAGGUGUCCGCCCUUCUCUCACGCUGAAAGUUACUUCUGUGAUUGCUUGCGCAAAUGAUGGCAGUCGAUUGUUUGAUUCUAUCGAUGACUGCAGCAUUGCUCGAGACACAGAUGUGGGCCACAUACGAUUAUCUGAAUACAUCAGAGGGAGGGGCGAGGUCCAUAUCCUGGACGAUGCUAUGAACCGUUUUGAGUUAGUUCUGGAUCAGUGUCCAGUCGAUCAUCCGGAUCACGCAGCGGCCCUCACCAACCUUGCGUGGGCCCGCCUUCAAGGGUAUAUCCACAAGGAUCUUCGAGGCAUCUACAUUGCUACCUCUCUAUUAUGUGAUGCCCUCGCACUGCGUCCGCGAGGCCACCCCGAUCGUCCAGUUUCUCUCUAUUAUCUUACCGAAGCAUUGAUUUGGCGCUAUAGCUAUCAUGCUACCACCGUCGAUAUCUUCAAAUCUGCCCAACUCUGUUACGAGCUACUACCUCUCUGUUCCGAAGGCACCUAUCUUCAUAAAAUCGUGAUCGGCAAAAAUGGUGUCGAUUAUGUGAUACGUGCAUGCAACAAUCUUCCCAUAGAUGCAUCUGAUGAAGGCAUCUACCUUCGACAGCUCAUGCUCGAGCUAUGUCCUCUGGGAAACCAACACAAUCCCAGCGCCCUCGACAAGCUUGCAAACACAGUAAAAGCACGCUUUCAACGAUGCGGCAACUUUGAUGAUCUAGAUCAGAACAUACAACUUGGUCGUGAAGUUGUUUCUAUGUGCCCCGAGGGAUAUCCCAACCGUGUUACCUACCUGAUUAACUUGGCCGUGUCCCUCCGUCGCCGCUUCGAUCACCGAGGGAACCCUCGUGACCUCGACGAAGUCAUCUCUCUCUAUGAAGAAGCUCUUCCCCUGCGCCCUGUUGGGCACGAAUAUCACGAUGCGUCAUUGGACGGCCUGGGGCGCGCCCUUCUUGCCCGUUUCAAUGAAUGCAGUGACAUUGAUGACAUAAACAGAGCUACCGGCCUCUUUCGCAAGGCAUUGGCGUCAUGCCCAUCUGGGCGUCCAAAUCGUGACACCAGGCUCAACAACCUUGCCGCCGCACUCAUAACUAGACAUGAUAAAUUGCAUGCCAGCGAUGACCUUGAUGAGGCCAUCGACCUGUGCCGCAAAUCGCUUCUGUUGCUAAAACAGGAUGAUCAUCCAGAGCGCCAUAAAAAUCUAUUCAAUUUGAGCAUGGCACUCUGCUCUCGUUUCGCGCAAACACGGAAGAACGAAGACUUGGGGAACUUCAGAUUGGCUUCGAAACACCCCACUCAGGGAUUUCCAGAACGCAUCAAGGAGGCUAUCCAAUGGGCUCGCCAAUCGGAAGUUUAUGAACACGAAUCUGCCCUUGAAGCAUACCAAACAAGCUUGGACCUUUUUGACAACCACGUGACGCGAGCCUCGAUUAUCUUAAGGCGCAAUGCUGCAACCGCCUUUGACGGUGCACAAUCCCUACCAAUAAAUGCAGCAUCAUGCGCUAUUCGUCGUAAUGAUCUGCAACGAGGGGUUGAAUUUGAGGAGCAGGGUCGUGACCAGCAAUGGUCACUGGCCUCUCGACUCAAGACUCCGCUGGACGACCUCAAGUCCAUCAAUAUCCCACUAGCUGACAAACUCUCGGAGCUCAGCAAGUGCCUAUCUGAUGCUCAGAAUUCCACAGGCAGUUCAGACCGGGCUGUUGCUGAUCGUGCAGCAAUGGCGUACAAGAGACUUGCGGCGCAAUGGGAAGCCGCAGUGGCUGAAAUCCGCCAUCUGCAAGGUUUCUCACGGUUCCUGCUCCCGCCGUUGUAUGAAGAUUUGCAAGUAGCAGCCCGCCGCGGGCCAGUCAUCAUUCUCAUUGCUAGCGAAUACUCCUGUAAUGCCAUCAUUGUUUCAGCGUCAGGGCAGCCCCACCACGUUCCCUUCCCAUCUCUCACUCUCACAGAUCUGGAGAUGCUCAAGAAGCACUUCGCGAACGUGAUACGGGACACGGCUCGCACGGGCUCAAAGGAGCCAAGGACAGCGCUGAUAGCAUUGCUGCGAACGAUAUGGGAUGAGGUCAUGUUACCUAUUGUCAACGUACUACAACAUGAUCUGAAAUUGCCGAGUCGCUCUCGAAUUUGGUUGUGUCCAACGGCAGCCUUCACAUCCAUUCCUCUCCACGCAGCCCACCCAUUUCGAAUGAAUGCAGAUCGCCCUGGGCGGGAACCAUGUCUAGAGGAUCUCUACGUUUGCUCUUACACUCCAACACUUUCUGCCCUGAUCAGAGCUCGACAAACGAUGACGACACGUAUCACUCCUUCCUUUGCGGCGAUCGGACAAGAUCGACCUGGCGCAGGGCAAGGCACGGUCCUCGCUGCUGUCGACAGCGAACUUGAGCUUGUCCAUAAACAUGUUCCUUCCGGCAUCAAGUUCACUCAUCUUUCUGGCGACGCUGCUACACAAGCCGGCACACUCGAAGCUUUGCAAUGCAACACCUGGGUGCACCUCGCUUGCCACGGCAAGCAGGACCACUGAAAUCCUUCCAACUCACGUUUCGCCAUGAGGACUAAACCUCUCUCGCUACUCGACAUCAUAGAGAACGAUGCGCCGCAAGCC